AUGUUCGAAAAGGUCGCAUCUCCGGAGCUGUCCUCGGUAAAUCGGGGCUUUACAGGGUAUGGGCACAUCGCACCAAAGACACAGAGCGGCAAGGUGGUGACAAUCUUCUAUGCGAUCCUUGGCAUUCCGCUGAUGCUGCUCUGCCUCUCGAACAUCGGAGACGUCAUGGCAUCGUUUUUUCGUUUUUUAUAUUGGCGCGUGUGUUGUUACGUGUGUACUCGGCCACCUAAGGAGCGACCGCGACACCGUAGACGGACCGCACGGGGCUCCUCGCGCCGCCGCCCCGUGGAGCGUUCGAACUCCGACAGUGGCCCCCGUAGCCGUGCACACGCGCCUCUUCGCCUGAAUCGUCCGCAGCCUCCUCGUCUCCACGAAGACGACGAAGAAUUCCCUAAGAUAUCUUUACCACUGCAAGAUUUGCAAGCGGCUUUAAACGAUUUAGAUAAGUAUCAAAAAAGAGCUUGCGAAGGAGAAGUGAGCAAUAAGUCGGGGCGGGGCGGGGGCGGCGACGGUAGCCGUUACCACUGGAGGGAGUUUGGCCGCGAUCUUGACUCACCUGAUAUUCCAGACCUGCCCGACUUGUCCGGGCCACCACACGUUGCGAGAUGCGAUCGCGGCAGAUCGGAGUAUUUCUCACGUGAUCGAGACGAAUAUCUAAACGACCGACUGAGGGAGAGAAGAGCUCGCAGUGCUUUCUAUGAAUACGAAAGACGUGCAGGCAGUCCGUCGCGGCGUGCGGCCACCUCAGUACAGAGAGCGGAGAGCCCGGGACGCCGACGGCUAAGGCGGUUACAGACGCUAGACGACUCUAGAGCGCCUAGAUAUUAUUCACCUUCCCCGGACAGAGACGAGUGGAGCGACGAAGGUCCAACCUUGCGACUACCUCGAUCAGGCUGGGGCUCUCGCCAAUCGGACUUGGUUUCCGCACGAGAAGAGACAAAACCGGUGCCGAUCUGGCUGUGCGUGCUGCUGGUAUCGUCGUACAUAGUUGCGGGCACGUUCCUCUUCAAGCGUUGGGAGGGAUGGGCCUAUUUGGACGCGGCUUACUUCUGCUUUAUUACCCUCACCACGAUAGGGUUCGGUGACUUUGUCCCGGCACAGGGCGCGGCGGCUUCAGCGUCGGCAGCGUCGGACGCCGUUCACUCCAUAGCCUUGUGUUCCUUGUACCUGCUGUUCGGCAUUGCGCUUUUGGCGAUGUCCUUCAACUUGGUGCAGGAACAGGUGCGCGCCAACGUGGCCGCUCUCGCCACGCGGCUUGGCAUUAUUAAGCCGCGCGACACCGACUACUGA